AUGCAUCCUUUCCCUUGCUCAGCCCUGCUCACCUGCUUUGGAAAUGCACAUGAAAACACUCCGUUUGACCAGCCCAAUACAAGCCCUCUAGCCAUGGAGGAGGAGAAGACCGAGGCAACCUCAGCAGUGUGCCUGCAGCCAUCUGCUAUAGCAGCCAGCAGCAUCAAGCACGGAGGAAAGAAGGACAGCGAGGAGAUGUUCAAAGCCAGCAGAUGCUCUGAAAAACACAGUCGCGCAAGCAGCAAUUUUAGCAAUCAUGCUGCUGCUCCGUCAGUGUCUGCUACCACAGAGUCAUCAGUGUUUGCUGCUAACGAGCUAAGCCAUGAUGUUAUUGCACUCUGUACUCACAUCCCCAGACCAUCCAUCAUCCACGUGCCAAAGGUGAGUGCUCUAGAAGUCGCUAUGCAACAAGACUGUGAGGAUCACUGUUUUGUGGAUCACGGGACCAUGCAGGACCCAGAUGUUGUCCUUGCCUCGCGCUGUGCUGUAUCGCAGGCACCAGCAUUGCUUUUGGCUGUCCGCAACUCUCCUGCUGAGUGGCCUGACCACAAGUACUAUGCAGCUCUGGUUGGUCGUGGGGAGACGAUGAGCAAUGGUCUGAACA